UAUGAUUUCAAAUGAAGACGUUCAUUAUUGAGGAAUUAGCUUGGAGUGUCUGAUAAACAUCGAAGGAACAAUGAUGCGUUUCAAUGUGCAGUAUCUCCAUGUUGUUUUGAAUCAAUGACAAAGUCAUCAGAUUUGAUGUUAAAUCCACACUGAACCGGAAGUUAUACAUAAAUCACGUGCCAUGGGGAGACGGGGUUACCAGAAAACUGUUUGUGGUACAUUCCUUGUUGUGUCGUUUGUCUGGCUUUCAAUCACCAUAGUUAUCGUGAUGUACCACGAGGAACUGAUGAAGUCGCGCAGACUUAGAGAAUACAAUCAAGAAUACGAACAUCUGGACGAAAUGCAUCAUUUAGGGCCAUACUUAGGCAAUCAAAAUUCUGGAAAUGAUCCUGAUGAUAAUCAUAAUUCAAAACUUAAACAUAAUAUCAAAUAUAAUUAUUUGAGAAAUCUAACAAUGAACAGAGAUAGAUUCAAGCUACCAAAAUCAGUUGUAGGAAAUGUGAACAACAAUGAUGUUUUAAACAAUAAACCUUACAUAAAUGAUAUGCUGAAUCAACCCCCGCGAAAAAAAUCGCCAUUUAUUCAGAAAUUAAAAGACAACGGUAAUAAAAUAGAUCCUAAACUUGUUGACGAGGCUAAAGUUGGAGAUGAUACCAAAAGUGACUCUUACUAUGAAUCGACGGCGGAAUCAAAGAAUGAAAAUCAAGACAAAGGGUCCGAUUUAAAACCAGACGUUCCGGAAAUUAAUGAUAACAAAGUUCCCGAGGCACCACACGAAGUAAAUGAGAAACCAGCACCAGUUCCACGUGUAAUCCAACAGGAACACCGAGAGGUAGAGAAAAGGGGAUCAAAAGGCACUGAAACGAAACCACAUAAACAGCAGGAUCAACAGCAGAAAAACGCUCAACAGCCCGGGCAGGGAAAUCAACAGCAAGAAAAUCCGGAAGAAAAAGCUGCACAGAUGAUAGAAGCCGACCCGAUGAAGCUGAUCCUGCAGCAGAUAAAGGACGUCAUCAAUAAUGUUAAUGGGGAUAGUGAGUUGAAUCAAGGGAACAAGAAGCUCCCGAAAAAGUCUAACGAGUCUGAAAACAAAAAGCAGGAGUUUGUCAAUCCCUUGGGCUUAGAUUUUGACGCUAUCGAACCGCGAGCAUCACCAGACGCCCCAGGUGAAAUGGGAAAGUCCUAUGUGGUCCACACAAGAGACUUACCACCUGUCGAGAAAGAAAAAUACGACAAGAUGUUUGAACAGCAUCAGUUCAAUAAAUAUGUUAGCGACAAAAUUUCCGUAAGAAGACGACUUCCGGAUAAAAGAAUUCAAAGUUGCAAAGAUGUGGUUUUUGACAAACCGUUACCAAGGACAAGUAUCAUCAUCUGCUUUCACAAUGAGGCUUGGUCCGUUCUCUUACGUACGAUAUGGAGUAUCCUUGACAGAUCACCGUUAAAUCUGAUAAAGGAAAUCAUUCUCGUCGACGACUUUUCUUCAUUAGGCGAAUUGAAAAAGCCCCUAGAAGACUACAUGGCUCAACUGAAGAUCGUGAAGAUUGUGCGAACAAAGAAGAGAGAGGGAUUGAUCCGAGCCCGGUUGCUAGGCUACUCUGUCGCAACAGGGGAGGUUCUCACCUUCUUAGAUUCCCACUGUGAAUGUGUUUUCGGCUGGCUAGAGCCAAUGUUGACGAGAAUAGCAGAAAAUCAGACUCGAGCCGUCGCUCCCGUUAUUAACUCUAUCGGACACCAUGCGUUUGGAGUUGAUCAACAUGAGGCUCGUGACGUGGGAAUUGUUCAUCUUGAUACACUCUCCUUUCAUUGGGGCUUAAUACCAAAACGAGAAACACAGCGUCGGACGUCGCCCACGGAGCCAUACAGGUCCCCAACAAUGGCCGGCGGUAUAUUUUCUAUUUCCAAGGAAUAUUUCGCGCAUUUAGGAUUGUACGAUGCUGGUAUGGAGAUUUGGGGUGGAGAAAAUUUAGAGAUGUCUUUCAGGAUAUGGACGUGUGGUGGUUCAAUAGAGCUACAUCCAUGCUCACACGUGGCCCACGUGUUCCGGUUUAAAAGCCCGUACAAUUGGGGUAGAGACCCCCAGUUGAUCCUAAAGAAGAACACUAUACGUGUGGGAGAGGUGUGGCUGGAUGAAUAUAGGUUCCAUUACUACGAAAAUCAUCAGUACAGACUGGGUAAUUUCGGUGACGUGUCGGAGAGAAAGGCAUUAAGACAAAGACUACAAUGCAAACCAUUUUCUUGGUAUAUCGAAAAUGUCUACCCAGAAAUGACAAUUCCAGAACCAGUUCUUUAUUCUGGGGAAGUCCGCAAUGUUGCAUAUGACCAAUGUUUGGAUAGCAUGGGUCAGGCUCCAGCAUUCCCCAAGGCUCAGCCUUGUCACGGGCUAGGUGGAAACGAGUACUUCAGAUACUUUAAGAACGGUGAGGUGAGGAUGAAGGACGUGUGCCUGGUAGCCAGGGAGGAGGAACGCGUCGUCGUAUGGAACGUGUGUGCUGAAAGACAAUUACGGUUUUGGGACUACACAGAUGAUAAUCAUUUCGUGGUACGGGGAACUAACCUUUGUCUUGAUGUGACGGAAGGCAAACAGAAAUUAAAGCUGAACCCUUGUUCAUCUUCGUCAACUCAAAAGUGGACAUGGACUAGAAAACUAGCCGACAUCAUUUCCGGGAAAACAUCGUAUUUAGGAACUGGAGUUAGAAACAAGUUUAUACAGUAACGUGUGCUAUAGAUGUGGAAGUCAAGAUUGAAAUCGUUUCAUCAACAUAAAUAAUGUGGAGUGCUGCUACACAAACUACAUAUAAUACGAUAACGUCAUUCAUAACUUGAUUCAUUAGAAUUUUGUUACAAAGUAACAAAGAUAAAUAGAAGAAAUUCAAAAACGUGGAAAUGAAAGCUGCUGCGCAAACGAUAGCGAAUAUGAUACCAUCUCUCAAAAUUUAUUCAUCAUAAUCACUAUUAUAGAGCUUCAGAGAAGAGUUGCGAAAAGGUGGAAAGGAAUGACGGCAAUUGCAAUCUACGGACAGCUAAAACGGAACUGGCGAUCAAAAGAAUUGCAGUUGUACAGUUUAAUAUAGAUAAAAAAAUGUCUUUGAAUUCCUCACAUCACAGUAUACAGUGGUUACUUUGACAUUCACCUUUGCCUUUUUAUCAGCAACUCAAAUUCGUAAUGAGUACAUUUUCUGCUGUUGAGUGCUUCUAUUGUGAUUUCGUAAUCCAAUGUAGAACUGUAUAUAUGACUAGUUGGACCAAAACUGUUAAUUUUGUCAUUCUUGCUUUCUCCCGUGAAAGUAAUCACAAAGCUAGAUUAAAUGUAUAUGUAAUUGGUAUUCAUAGAGAAUACGGAAGUCUACGGUAUUAUAUGCGGGGUUUAUCAACCAAAAUUUCAACUGUUCUUAUUGUUUUCAACAUGCAAGUAUGGUAAUAACAAAUGUACGUCACGACAUUUAAACGAUAUGGUUGGUGUAUAAGUGUUACUGAUCUAGAUACUAAAGUAAGCAUAAGAUGCUACAAUAAUAUCUAUGUGUGAUUGUUUACUUAAAUGUGUCUGAAGUAUCAUUAAAAUUGUCUUAAAAUAUUUUUGUUGUUUCAGCGAUCGUUUUCAAAGCACAGUCGAAUAAGAGUGAUUAAUAACAGCUUUAGAAACGUGUUUUAUAACUGUUGUAAAAUAUAAAAAAAAAAUAUGAAUGAUUAAAAGAGGAAUUUUGACUUGUUUCAGUGGGCCUUAACCUAAAGCUUGAUUUUUUCCCAUAAAUUACGACGAGAGUUUAUCAUGAAAUGUGCUUUCGGGUUUUAUCAAUUAGUCCUUGUCUAGAAAAAAAAAGGAGUAAAGCUGACAAGGGUCAAAAUAUGGUAUUUUAUUUACAUGCAGAUGACUAUAGAAAAACUUGAGCUUUUAAUGUUCAAAAUGUUGGUAGCAGUUCAGCAUUAACGUACACCAUUCCAUUUGUCGUCCUAGACACAUACACGUUAGACUGAAUUUAAACAUGUAACGUCAGGGUAAUUGUAUUACCUUGUCAGUACACCCGACAUGACCUUCACGAAUAUGUAUUUAUUAACAAAAGGUAGUAGUAAAAUAUAAAAUUAUAAUUCUGUAGAACUAUUAUUACAUUAGAAAAUAAAAUGAAAGUCAAAAGUAAAUGCAAAGGGUCAUAUGAGCUUCAAUUUCCAACUCAAAGGCUAAAACUUCCAACAAUUAUCGCAACAUUAUUCCUUUUUA